AUGAAUUGCGUGGAACGGCAGCUGUUUUUGUUGGUGAUUUUGGUCGUGGGAAUCCGAUCACAAGAAGAAGAUCGACAAAGCGAAGUGCUAAUCCGUUUAUUACUGCCCAAUUAUGAUGGUAAGUAAAAAAUUUAUUGGUAAAACUGAUCCUCAAAAAAGCUGUAAAUAAAAACGAGGCCUUGUUACGUGUAUUUUACCGUCUUAGCGUUUUUGCCCUUUGUUUGGACCGCACAGUGCGAAAAUUCAGUUUUUGGUUUUUUGCACUGUGCAAUCCAAAUUUUGCUCCCAAAAUUCGAAUCCCAGUGGCACAAAAUCUGUAAAAAUCUUUCAAGUCCAUCUUCUCACAAUCGUACUUUACCAUGUCUACACGUUUUUUAAUGUUUUUGGACCGCACAGUGCAAAAAUUCAGUUUUUGGGUUUUCGCACUGUGCAAUCCAAAUUUUGGUCUCAAAAUUCGAAUCCUAGUGGCGCAAAAUCUGUAAAAAUGUCUCAAUCCAUGUUCUGACGAUCGUAUUUUACCAUAACUAAACGUUUUUUACUGUUUUUGGACCGCAUAGUGCAAAAAUUCAGUUUUUGGGUUUUCGCACUGUGCAAUCCAAAUUUUGGUCUCAAAAUUCGAAUCCUAGUGGCGCAAAAUCUGUAAAAAUGUCUCAAUCCAUGUUCUGACGAUCGUAUUUUACCAUAACUAAACGUUUUUUACUGUUUUUGGACCGCAUAGUGCAAAAAUUCAGUUUUUGGGUUUUCGCACUGUGCAAUCCAAAUUUUGGUCUCAAAAUUCGAAUCCUAGUGGCGCAAAAUCUGUAAAAAUGUCUCAAUCCAUGUUCUGACGAUCGUAUUUUACCAUAACUAAACGUUUUUUACUGUUUUUGGACCGCACAGUGCAGAAAUUCAGUUUCUGGUUUUUCGCAGUGUGCAAUCAAAACUUUUGUCCCAAAAUUCGAAAUUCGGUGGCAAAAAAACUGCAAAAAUUUUUCUCAUGUCAAGAUUUUAUCCUUCGUAUUUUACCGUAUUUAUAUUUUUUACUUUUUAUUUGGGGUGCACAGUGCAAAAAUUCUGUUUUUCGUUUUUCGCACGGUGCAAUAAAAACUUUUGUCCCAAAAUUCGAAAUCCUGUGGGCAGAAAAUGUGUAAAAAUCUUUGAACAUCGAGCACGCGUUAUCGUAUUUUACCAUAUCUACAUUUUUCUCUUUCUUUUUUGGACCGCACAGUGCAAAAAUUCUGUUUUUCGUUUUUCGCACUGCGCAAUCAAAAUUUUUGUCCCAAAAUUCGAAAUUCGAUGGACAGAACAUGUGUAAAAAGCUUUGGACGUCGACCUAACACCGUCUUAUUUUACCGUAUCUACAUUUUUUAUUUUUUCUCAACCGCACAGUGCAAAAAUUGAGCUUUUGAUUUUUCGCACGGUGCAAUCAAAAUUUUUGUCCCAAAAAUCGAAAUCCUGCGGGCAGAACAUGUGCAAAAAUCUUUGAUCUCAGGCUCUCAUCGUCGUAUUUUAUCUUCUCUAUAUUUCUUUACAUUUUCUGAACCGCACAGUGCAAAAAUUGAGUUUUUGAUUUUUCGCACGGUGCAAUAAAAACUUUUGUCGCAAACUUCAAAAUCAUGUUCAAAAAACUGUAUAAAAUUUUUCAUGCCGACCUUAUCCUUCGUAUUUUACCGUAUGUACAUAUUUUUUAUUUCUGGACCGCAAAUUGCAAAAAAAUUUUUAAAAUUUUUUUUAUUUUAAAAACUUUUUUACUAUAAAAAUCGCGUUUUCAGCUCUAAUUCAACGAAAAUUGGAGGCGAACCCAGCCUAUGAUGUCCUUGUCCCAAAAACCGAAACCGAAUCGGAGAAUCUGAUCGCCAACAACCUUGCGCUCUAUUUACAACUCCAAGACGAGGUCUUCCGGGAAGGUGGCCUUUCCGCCGCGAUGAGCGAGGUCAUUCAAAGUGUAAGGGACAAAAAAAAUUUUUUUUUAAGGAUGAAAAGAUCUUAUAAAUCAACAAAAUUUUUUUUUUUAAAUCUAAAAAUCAACAAAAAAUUUUUAAAUGAAAAAAAUUUUCAAAUUGAAAAAAAAUUUCGAAAAUUUUGGCUGCCAAAAAAUUUAAAAAAAUAAAAAGAAAAAAUUUUUCUAAGCUCAAGAAAAAAUUAAAAAUCAAAUUAAUUAAAAAUUUUAAAAAUCUUUUAAUUUUUUUUGUUCAAAUUUUCGCUGUCGACUUUUUUUAAAACUAGAAAAUUUUUUCUAACCUUAAAAAAAUUAAAAUCCAAAAAUUAAUUAAUCUUUUUUUAUUUUUUUUUCAAAUUUUUUCAGAUGAUCAAAGUUGGAUUUGUCGCCCCUACAGAGCGAGAAGUCUCGAGAUUUUACACAAUUUUUGAGAAAUUGAAUCCUCAAGAAAUGGACAAGCUCAAACAAGGGAUGCCCAAGCAAAUGGAAGAGAUUGAAAGUAAGAAAUCAAAAAAAUAAAAAAAAAAAAAAUUUUUUGAAAAAAAAAUGUUUUUUCGAACUUUAAAGGCCGUAUUUUACCUCCAGAACUUCUUGAUACUCUCUGACUUUACACUGAAAUUCCAAUAAGCAGUAAAGUUCACAAUCCUGAAACAGUUUUGUCAAGUUUUUGUCAUCAAUUAGUUUUCCCUUGCACUUUUUGUAAUAAGAGUAAUGACAAGCGGGAAUUUCAGUGAAAACGAGAACCAACCUUCAUUUUACAGGCGUUGUAAAAGUGCAGUUUAAAAAAAAUUUUAAAAAGAAAUUGCUGUACUGCUUUAUUUUUUUCUAAUAAUUACGUGUAAAAAACAAAAAAAAAAUUAAAUUUUUUAAAAAUAAAAAAAUUUUAAUUUUAAUUUUAAAAAAAAUAACCGUAAUCCACGUUACAGUAAUCUAACAAAAAAAAGUUAACGUAAACGUUUCUAAGAAUUAGGCCUAGAAUAGGUCUUAUCAAUUUCAGCCCGUUUGAAGCAGUUUUAUUUUUCACGGAUUCCGCGACUAAAAUAGUAUAAACCCUGUUCUAACCUCAAACUCAUGUUCCAUUGAUGUCUAAAAAUACUCAGCGUUGCUCAUAUAACCCUCAUAAUUCCAUUAAAUGUCGUUUCCACAUUUUUCACAAUAUUUGUCUCCAGCGGGGAUCGAACCAGGGUCGUCAGAUUACUAGUUUUCGUCAAAACCCACUGCGCCAUGAUUUAUCUGCCACGGAAUCAAGGAUGCAAAUUACAUGUUCCUAGACCAGAAUUUUACGCUGAUUCCAAAUCUGCAAUAAAAUCGUGUGGGAUUUUUGAUUUGAAGGAGAUACGGUCGAUUUUUAUCGACCGGAGGUCAAAAACUGUAUGUUACAGUAAUCCUACUAACUUGAAAUUGCGAUUUUUGAAUUUGCCAUCCACCAAAACCUAUAUGGUGUCGGUUUCGUCAAGUUGUCUUUAUUGCGACGGCAACACCAGAGCUCAGAAGGACGGUUAUAACCGUAUGCAAUUUUCUACCUUCCGGGCAUCACUGGGCAAAAAAAAUUGGGAAUGUGUUUUAGUGACCUAUACCAACAUUUUGGGCCAAAAAACUCAAAAAAAAAAUUUUUUUGAGUGUCCCCGGCUGACGCAGCGAGCCAAAAAUCGUCUUUUAAUUAAAAAAAAUAAAAAAAUUUUAUUUUGAUAUUUUUAAAAUAAAAAAAAUCCAGACACUCUCCGUGAAAUCCGCGCCUCCGAAGACGACGCAACGAAAACUCAGCGGGAAAAUGAGAGGAUCGACCAAACCGAACGCCUCAUGAUGUCCAGAAUGGAUCGACGCCUCUAG